AUGAAUCAUCUCUAUAAUCCGGAUAAGUUCGAUGAUCCGGAUGAGUUUGAUAAUCCGAAUAAGUUCGAUAAUCCGGAUAAGUUCGAUGAUCCGGAUAAGUUCGAUAAUUCGGAUGAGUUCGAUAGUUCGGAUAAGUCUGAUAAUCCGGAAGAGCUUGAAGUGGGCGGGAAUUAA